UCAACGUGCUAGAUAAGAUAAUAAUUCAUCAGAUGCAUUUUUCUCUAUUUUACUAUUCAAAUGCAUGCUAAUUUUUAAGCACAUUUUUUUCAAGCCUUUAUUAAUCAAAUAUCGACAAUAUAACAAUAUGAUUGUUAAAUCAGCUGUGAUUCUUGGGUGCUAUACUAAUGGUGAUAAAAUUAAGCUUACUCCAAAUGCAUUAAAAAUAGAUCAACAAUUAAACGGGAAGUUGAGCAAUUUAUUGUCCAUUACUGGACCCAUAAAGUUAAAGAAAUCAAAAACAUUUUAUGGACUAUCAGAGCAAUUACCAUGUAUUUCUGUAGUUGGAAUUGGAGUGGAAUCUGCAAGUUAUAAUUCUCAAGAAAUGAUAGAUGAUGCUAAAGAAAAUGUCAGAUUGGGAAUAGGAUGUGGGUGUUGCCAUUUAAAAGAUCUGGAAAUUGCUUCAAUAACUGUAGAUCCUUGUAAUCAAGCUGAAGCUAGUGCAGAAGCCGCCACUUUAGCAUUCUUCGAUUUUAACGAACUUAAAACUAGAAAUAAAGAUGGAGGUCCUAAAACGAUAACUACUCCUGAAAUUAAAUUGUUGCAAUUGGAAGGAAAUCCCAAAGAAUUGGAGGAAUGGAACAAGGGCAUCGUUAAGGGUGAUUGCCAAAAUAUAGCGAGGCGAUUAAUGGAACUUCCUGCCAACAUUUUAACACCCGAACAACUAACUAAAGAGGCUCAACGAUUAUUCACCGGUUUACAAGAUGUUAAAAUUUUUGUUAGAGACAAGAAAUGGAUAGAGGAGCACAAAAUGGGAUCAUUUUUAUCGGUUAGUCACGGAUCCGAUUUGCCUCCUUUCUUUUUGGAGAUGCAUUACAAUAAAGCGGUUGAUAGCAAACAAAAACCGGUUGUAUUAGUCGGCAAGGGUAUAACCUUCGAUAGUGGCGGUAUAUCCCUCAAACCAUCUGCAAAUAUGGAGGACAUGCGGGCCGAUAUGGGGGGAGCUGCAUGUGUUAUAGCGACCAUAUUCGGGAUUUCGAAAUUGAAUCUCCCCGUCAACGUAAUAGGUUUAACACCUAUUUGUGAAAAUAUGCCAAGUGGGACAGCUACCCAUCCAGGUGAUGUCGUCACUUCAAUGAGUGGAAAAACCAUACAAAUCGAUAACACCGAUGCAGAGGGAAGAUUGAUAUUGGCCGAUGCAUUGACAUAUGCUCAUCAAUUUAAUCCUGAGGUCAUAAUCGACAUGGCUACACUAACUGGAGCUAUGAUCGUAUCCUUAGGUUCAGCAGCCACUGGGGUUUUUUCGACAUCGGAUUCUCAUUAUAAUCAUUUGCUAGAAGCGAGCAAACAUACGGGCGAUAGGGUUUGGAGAUUACCCCUUUUUUCUCAUUAUGCAAAAUCUAUGAAGGAUUGCCACCUGGCCGAUCUUAAUAAUCUUGGAAGCCAUGGAGUUGCGGGAAAAUCUUGUACUGCUGCCGCCUUCUUAAAGGAAUUUGUAACAUGUGAAAAUUGGAUGCAUUUAGAUAUUGCUGGAGUUAUGUUGUGCAAAGAAGAAAUUCCUCCUUAUUUAUCUAAAGGGAUGUCAGGUCGACCAGCUCGAACUUUGGUUGAAUAUUUUAUGAAACUAUCAAAAUUUUGAUUUGAAAACCAAGAUCAAAUCAACCAAUGGCAAUUUUACAAAAAUAUUAUAUUAUUAGCCAUUUUAUGAUUUUAUAUUUGGAUAUAAUAAUUAUAAUAUAUUUUUUCUUUAGUAUAUUCUUUAGAAACAAUGAUGAAUAUUUUAUAUAAUAUGGAUCAAUUUCCAA